AUGGCACUUUUAUCAGAACUAUCACAUUAUGGGCCAUCAAUUUGCGUGAAGUUUGUGAGAGAAAAGGUUCUUGCUGGCUACGGGCCGUUUGUUCACGUCUACGAUUCGAAAAACGGCCAAUUAUUGAAUGUAGUUCGGAUAUUUCACAUAAACAAAGUUCAUGGAAUCUCAGUCAAAAACGAGACAAUUGUGAUUUAUGGAGGCAAAUCAGUUUGCGUUGUCAAAUUGCUUGCUUUGAUGGAGAAGAAAGAUGUUUCCAGCGAUGAAAAAAGGUGCCAUGAGUGGAUCAUAGACGCGGUGUUCCAUGCGGACGACAAAAGAAUUUUAAUUCUUACGAGCUACAACCAGGUCAUAACGUGCGGUUACGAUGGUUCAAUUGAAUCUGUCACAGGUAUUCUAGGUGAAAAAGCGAUUUUAUAUUCUGGCUCAAUUCGGGUACUAUCCAAAAACGAAAUAUACGUGAAUGCUGGAACUGUGCUUGAAGGGAUCAUAAUCUGGGAUUUGAUCAAGGAGAAAACACUUUUAAAGCUGACGGGCCAUGAGGGCUCAAUUUUUAGCGUCAAAACUAGCGACAAUGGGAAAUUGAUAGCUUCGUGUUCAGAUGAUCGGUCUAUCAAGCUAUGGAACUUCGAAGACGGACGCCUUUUGUCUACGGCUUGGGGUCACACUGCUAGAAUAUGGGAUCUCCAGUUCAUUUGUGACAACAAGAGAAUUGCCAGCGUAUCUGAGGACUCAACUUGUAGAAUUUGGCGCAUAUUAGAGACAUCGGAAUUGGUCCUUGAGGAAACCUACAAUGUGCAUUUGAUAAAGAGUUCAUGGGGUGUAGACGUUAACGAAGAGAAACUAGUUGCGGCAACCUGUGGAAACGAUGGGAAAGUUGUUCUGACGAAUUUGAACCAGGAUGGCACGAUGCGGCAAUCCUUGGGAAGUGGUCUAAGCUCUGAACUUGCAGUGAGAGAUAUGGAACUCGGUGAGACUGAAAUUAUUAAGGGCGCAUUUUGGCUUGAGUUUGGAAUAGUCGUUGUUACCUCAAUGGGACGUAUAUUGAAGUACUCCAAUUCUAACAGUGAAUGGUCGGCUAUCACUGAAGAACCUAGAUUUAUCAGCUUUUCGGUUAUGACAGGUAUUCAGUCCCAAGGUUUGAUCCUUAUAUGGAGCAGUUCUGGAGAAUUAUUGCUCAUGAGGUUUUCCCAAAAUGGUGAACUCAUUCAACGAAAAAACUUGAGCAUACGAUCUAUGAGUAAAAUCAUGAACUGCUUGCUCGUACUCUCCGGAAGCGACUUGAUGAUAGCCAUUGAGUCCCCUAACUCACGAGAUCCGUUUAUGUGUGUUAAACUCGAUCCGAAAACCCUGGAUAAAACCAUGCAACUCUCAUGGCCCAAACCUCUUAAAUUUGUUUCGACUUGUCUGGCAGUUCUCGACGAAAAAUUAGUUGUGGGAUCGCGUUUUAGCUCUGUUGCUGUGUUUGAUAUGGCGUGCCCCAAUAAUGAGCCCGUUGUAUGGCGUAACCUCACUCCUGGAGACGCAAUAUCUUCCAUAUCGUUUGUUGAAUGCACAUCUGAUGAGAAGUCUCUUUUCUCUGUUACUAACCGGGACGGAUUCUAUGCUUUCGUGCUAUUAGAUUUCAAAAAGAAGAGCUUUAGUGUGUUGCACAAUAACCGGGUUAGUAAAGGCUUUCUAGAGGGCGCUUUUUACAACGAGUCGGGCGAUUAUAUUACGUAUGGUUUCCGCUCAAGCCUUUUCUAUGUUUUCAACGAGACAAAGCAACAGGAGAUUGCAACAGAGGUAUGCGGUGGAGCUCACCGUCUCUGGAAAUUUUUUCCCAACCUCGAGAAUGAUGUUUCCAUUUUUCUCUAUGUGAGAGCUAAGAAGCUUCAUGUCAAAAAGUUUUCAGGAUUGCGGACGAUCGUGUUGAAUACUGGAAUCCAUGGAAGAGAGAUAAGAGAUCUCACCUUGAUUAAUAAAUUAAAUUUUAAAGGGCUCUACCUGUUAUGCACAGGAUCCGAGGACACGACAGUAAAAUUGAAUCUUCUGGAUUCUAAGACCGGCAGCAUUAAAACCGUUUGGACACAGCGUAAACAUACAUCUGGCCUUCAGCGCUGUAAAUUCUUUGGAUCGAACUUCAUGAUAUCCUCAGGUGCAAGAGAAGAGCUAUUUUUAUGGGAGGUGAAUACCAGCAUGAAUUCCAACCCUUACAUUCGUAUGCUUGCAUCUUUACCGACAAGCUCAGAUAGCCCGGAUUUGCGAAUCAUGGAUUUUGAUUUUCUAGGUUUCGAGCAUUUUAAUGACUUUCUUCUGGCCACAGCUUAUUCUGAUUCCGCGAUUAAGGUAUGGCGCUACAAACAAAAAUGCUCAAAAUUUGAACUCCUCGUCUCUGGUCAUUAUAAAGAUUGCUGUCUGCUCAACAUAAAGUUUACAAUGUUCGAUGGGAAAUUGCAUUUGAUUGUGUCAGCGACCGAUGGCAUGUUGAUACUAUGGGACUUGAACAUAGUCUAUUCCUCUCUUUACGAGAGACUUAUAUCAGGCUCGGGUGCUGAAAGCCUUCCAACCCAAUCGUUGCCUGAAUUCGUGUCGCGCAUCAGUGUGCACAAGGCUGGCGUAAGAGCAAUUGAUGUCAAAGCCCUAUCCAGCAAACAGGUGAGAAUCUUUUCCGGCGGGGAUGACAAUGCCUUAGCAAUGACAGAUUUUAAGAUAAUCGAAGGAAACCAUUAUGCGUGCGAAGUCAUUUGUAGAAACCAAUCGGCGAGUGCAUCAACUAUUACCUCUGUGGGACUCUUCCAAAAUGGACAAACGCUCGCAACAACAUCUGUGGACCAAAAAGUGCAAUUUUAUAAUGUGAGCGAAAACGAAUUGAAUAUUGUAGGCAAGAGGGCCACUACGGUAGCAGAUACUGGAUGUCUUGCAGCUUUAGAACUUGAGGAGCGUGCCAUGAUACUUAUUGGUGGUAUGGGACUUUCAGUAUGGAAUUAUGAAUAUUGA